AUGGAUGAAUAUGAUGAGUUUUCUGAUAACUCCAUUGAAAUUACUAUAAAUGAGUAUUAGGGAAAGGAAUCGCACAUCACAGAGAAAAGUAUAAUUCGAUACCUAAAAAACUUGGGUCUCAAAAUGAAAACCAAUCCUAUGAUUAAACAAUAACAAUAUGAAAGGUCGAACAAUUAAAUCAUUGAUGUUCUAACUUCAAAAGCCCUGUCUUCUUAGGGAAAUAUUUUGAAGGAAACAGAAACAGAUUAUAACACCUUAUUCUAAAAAAAUCCAUUCUGGAAAAGAAUUAGAAAACAAAGCUCCUCUUUAAAAGUAUUGCAUCCUACAUGAGGUUUAUUUAAUUUCAUACUAAAUUGAGAAUUAAUAAUGACAUUUUUUUGAGGGUCCCCAAACCUUAUUUUGUCAAUAUCUUUUUUA